UAACUAUAUUUCCAUACCUCUUUUCACAACCUUUAAAUUCUCUAAAGUCAUAGUCAUCAACCCAAUACAUACAGAUUAUCUUUCAUUUCCAUAUAUAUUCAAAAAAUCAAAAGUCUUUCUAUUGGCAUAUAUAUCACUUUUCUUAAUAAAAUUUUAAAUUCGUUUUUCUCUAAAUAAAAAUUUUCUCCAUCUACUUUGUACCCAACAAAAAUCAUUUUUUAAAUAUAGAAAAUGGAGAAAAAUUAUAAGAUAAUUAAUUCUAGAAGAGUAAUUAUUGAUGAAGAUGAACAAGAAAGUCUUCAAAAAUUAGAAGAAAGAGAUCAAAAUGGAAGAAUGAUGAAGAGAAAGCAGAAUUAUGAGAAGAGAGUUACAAUAGAUGAUGAUGAAAGAGAAUGCCUUCGCAGAUUAGCAGAAACAACUAUUGCUACUAACAAGUUAAAUUAUCGUCAGUAUAUUCCGCUCAUAAAAACUGCUACUAAUAAAUUAAAUCAAAUGGAGAAAAAAGAGAAGAUUAUUGGGUUUGAUAAUAAUUUGUUGGAGACAAAAAAAUCUGAGGAUAUAAAUGAAAGUGCCGAGAAAUUUAUUAAGAAUUUUAAGCAUCAAUUGCUUCUUCAAAGACUUGAAUCCAUUGAAAAUGUUGAUGAGAUGAUUGCAAGAGGACUUUGAUAUCUAUAAGAUUAAGAGGAUUUUAUUGUUUUUUUUUUGUUUUUUUUAGUGUUUUUUAUUUUAUUUUUAUUUUUUUAAUUUUAGGCAGGUUAGGGGAGUGAUGAAAAUAUUUUUUUGUUAUUUUUCUAAAAAUAUAAUACUUGUCGCUGUUGAAAUAAAAUCCAAUUAUCAAAGGAUUGCUUUAGGUUGUUUCUAUUUGUUUAUAUUUUUUAUUGUUUUUUUAGUGUUUUUUUAAUUAUCGGAUAGGUUAAGGGGAGGAUUAGGACGAAAGAAUAAAUAUUAAAAGAUUUUUCUAAUUAUCUCACAGAAAAUAUAAUAUUUAUCGCCAUUAAGAAAAUAUUUGAUUAUAGAGGAUUACUUUUGGGUGUUUCAAUUUGAUUAUAUUAUUUAUUGAAGUUACGUCAACGACGCUCUCUUGGAGAGCCAUUAGGCCCUCUCAUUACUCUUUUCCCAUCAACUAGUUAUAAUAAAUCAUUGUAUUGGUGUAUGCAUAUAUUUGUGGUCAUGAUGACUAGGAAUAGCGGAUUCAUACUCGGAUCCACUAAUUUCUAGUGGAUUCAUACUCAGGAUUUGGACCUUCAGGGUCCGAAAAAAUUUGGAUCGGGAUUUAGAUCCAUCGAAUUUGAUGGUUUAGAGUAAAGAUGGGUAUUUGUCUUGGACCUUAAGGAUUUAGACACGAUUCGAUUUCAAUUUAAAGGUCUAGAUUCACCUAUUUUUUGACCCUAUGGGUUCGAGUCGAAUCUGCGUACAUGACUUUAGGGUUCGAGUCCAAAUUCAGCUAUUAUGUGUAUUGAAUUAUAUUGUUUGAUUUGGAACUUAUUAUAUUUUGGAACAUUAUGUUAUUUGGAAUUUUGUCGGUUCAUGUAAUUUGAAAUGUAGUCUUUGUAUACUUUAAAAAUCGAAAGACUUGAUGAAUAUUUCGUUUUAAGAAC